UUUGUGUAUUUCUAGUUUAUAAUUGUGUAAUUAAUUUUAAGUGUUUUAAAAAUGGAAGUUCAAAUAAAGCCCGUUCCCGAGACAAUGUUAAAAAUCAUCCCUAUUUUUGAAGGAGAUAAUAGACAUUUAAAUUUAUACAUAAGAAAAUGUGAAUAUGUAAUCGAAAGAUAUCGCGGUAAUGACGAACAAAAUUUAUAUGUAUACCACGUUGUUACUAGCCGUUUGUCAGGUAAUGCAGCCGCGUUAUUAUCUGAAAGAGACGAUAUAGUGACAUGGUCACAACUAAAAGAUUUACUAGAGCAACACUUUGGUGAUCCUAGAAGUGAAGAAUGUAUAAAUAUCGAACUUGAGAGUUUAAAAAUUAAUCCCGGAGAAACUUACCUUUCUUUUUGUAAUAGGAUUCAGACAGUACGAUCUAAUUUAAUUUCAAAAGUAAAUACCCAUACAAAUCAGGAAUUAAAAACUGCUAAAAUCGCUAUUUAUAAUAAUACGGCCUUAAACGUCUUUUUAUAUAAUUUGCCAGAAAAUAUGGUACGUAUAGUGCGUUUAAAAUCACCCUCUACACUAGAAGCCGCAUUAAGUGUGGUCCUUGAAGAAGUAAAUUUCCAUGAUCAAUACACUUUAAGAAAUAAAAUGUAUGGAUCUUCAUCUAAGCCCGCGCAACAUUCGAAUCAUUUAAUGCCAUUACAUCCACCCAUUGGAUUACGUUACAAGCCUAACUUGCAACAAAUGCCAAGUAGAACGCAACAAAUUUUUGGUAACUCCGUUAAUCAAAAUUCCGGUUUCCGUUUACCUCAACCUGGGUUCCGGCCUCCAAUAAAAGGUUUUAGUAAUCAUCCCCAAGGUCAGCAGUUUGGCUACCGCCCUCAAUUACAACAGUUUGGCUACCGCCCUCAGUUACAACAGUUUGGCUACCGCCCUCAGUUACAACAGUUUGGCUAUCGUCCUCAGUUAACCCAACAAUUCGGUUAUAAACCCCCAAUAGGACAGACAUCCUUUAAUAAAUCCAUGCCCCCACAACAGUUUCAAACAGACGUAUCAAUGCGUACGGCCCCACUUAAUAAUAAUGCCUUUAAAGUCAACGAACUUACGGAAUCAGAUUACGUAGACGAAGAUUAUUAUUACGACCCCAAUUACUAUGAGCAACAGCAAUACAAUACAGACAACUACGAUGAAUACCCCAUUGAAAAUGAUACCGACGAAAGUAUGAACGACCCUAAUCAAGUUAACACUGACCAAAACCACCCUUUCGAGAAACAAGCCUCUCUCCCGAACAACACAUAGAGUUAAAUUGCGACCCAAGUCUAAAACUCCCAUAUAUAUAUAUACCAGAAAUAAAUGCAAAAAUGAUGAUAGAUACCGGUAGUACAAGAUCCUUUCUUAGCCC